AUGUAUAGAUUGCAUGCACACUGGGUAGAUGCAUAUUUGAAAGACAUAUUUUGGGCAGGAAUGACAACUAGUCAGAGGAGUGAAAGUAUCAAUGCAUUUUUUGAUGGUUAUGUAAAUACAAAUACUAGGCUUGUGGACUUUGUAUGCCAAUAUAACAAAGCCUUAGCAAAUCACCAUGCAUCUGAAUCUCGAGAAGACUUUAUGACAUUGAAUACCGUGCUUGCAAUGUGCCUUCGACAUCCACUUGAAGUGAAAGUUAGCAAGUUAUAUACUAGGGGGAUCUUCAAAAUAUUCCAAGAUGAGCUUACUAAUGGGUUAUCACUUUUUCAUGAAGAAAUGCUAAAGGAAGAGCCAAAAAUAAUUUAUCUAGUUGGUGUUUUUUCUGAAGAAAGAGAGAAAUGGGAAGAAGUUACAUAUGACAAAUCUAGAGAGCUUACGGUCAAGUGUUCUUGUGCACUUUUUGAAACUGAUGGGAUCCUUUGUAGGCAUAUAUUGCAUAUCAUAUUGCUUCUUCAGUUGACAGCUAUUCCUGAUAAUUAUAUAUUGCAAAGGUGA